CUCGAUCCCAGAGUUGUCUGGCCAUGGCGGCACAGCCCAUCAUACCAUUUUGUUGUUGCCAUUGCCUGUUUGCUCGAACCAGCCUGACGCCUUGGAUGCGCCAUGCCCUCGGAGGGGUUGAUGCCCACAGCGGCGGAACCUUGUGCCAGCCCGGCUUUGCUAAAGGGCCUGCCUUGAGAUCUGAAAUGGUUGUAUAAAGGAUAUGGGGGCUGUCUUCCCCAGACAGAUGGGCCAGAUGGGAUGCGACACCACCACAGAAAGACAUCAGACCAAGCGGACAGAUCAAGCAGCCGAAGCAGCUCAACGAUUCACCCGAUUCGUCACCUUCCGCAGCUCAUCUAUUCUUCCAUCUCUUCUACCACACACCAUCCACCAUGGGCCUCGCCAGUGACCGGUUGCGCAUGCACGUCGAGCGCCGCGACCUUUACAUCAACCUCGAGGCCCGCGUCCGCUAUCUGCACAGCUUCCUCGACUUUGGCAGCCGCGACAUCGAGGCCCUGAUCUCGGGCGCCAAAUACGUGCGCGCCCUGAUCCCCGCCGUCGUCAACAUCGUCUACAAGAAGCUGCUGCAGUACGAUGUCACGGCGCGCGCCUUCACCACCCGCAGCACCAGCUUCGAGGGCCCCAUUGACGAGUACCCCAACGAGGACAGCCCCCAGAUCCAGCACCGCAAGAUCUUCCUGCGUGCCUACCUCGCCAAGCUGUGUUCGGACCCCAGCCAGAUGGAGUUUUGGGAGUACCUGGACAAGGUUGGUAUGAUGCAUGUAGGCCUCGGCCGCGCACACCCCCUCCACGUCGAGUACAUCCACCUCGGCGUCUGCCUGGCCUUCAUCCAGGACAUCAUGAGCGAGGCCAUCCUGUCGCACCCGCGCCUGCCCAUGGAUCGCAAGAUCGCGCUCGUGAAGGCCCUCGGCAAGGUCAUCUGGAUCCAGAAUGACCUCAUGGCCAAGUGGCAGGUGCGCGACGGCGCCGAGUUCCGCGACGACGACGACGAGGGCACCGUCGUCAUUGAGGACGAGGGAUACCUCCACGGCAAAAAGAUCCUCGACGACGAAGAGGUCCCCGACAUCGCCGUCUCGUCGCCCACCUCUGCAUCGUCGCCGUCAGCCUCUGGCGACCAGAAGAGCGCCGUCAAGCCCCUGGCCUCGCCCACUAGGAUACCCAAGUCCGGCGCCGUCGGUGCUGGAAUAUGUCCCUUUAGCGGCGCCCAGCUUGGGGCCGCUACGAGCGAGAAGUAGAGAGCGGGUGGCUGUUGCAGUUGUUGGUGCUGACGAUCUCAUGAGACUAUGAACUUUUUAAUCCUUUUUUUUUCGUUUGGCCAUGCCAUGACGGGAUCACGGCAUGGCCCAGCUGGCGAUAUCAGCAAAAGUGGACUUCUUUAG